AUGGCAUCCAACGAGCCGGGCCUUGCGCCACUCAGCGCGCCAGGUGAUGACCCGAUUAAAGGUGCUGUGGACGUCCCUGUUGAGGCCGAUACACCAGUCGCGCCCGACCAAUUCGACGAGCGCUACGAAACUUCGCGAUGGGAAAUUUGGGCGUAUUAUUGUUACUAUGUCGGAGACAACGGAUUGACACUUUUCAACUUUGGUCCUACGGCCUUUCAAAACCUCAUGUAUCUGGCUGCCGGCGACUCUGAAACUCUCUUCUUCAUGGGUCGGGAUCGCAGCAUCAACUCGAUUGUUCUUUUGUGCAACGGCAUAAGUUUCGCUAUCCAGGUCGUUAUUUUCUUGAUCCUAGGCUCUUUCGCAGACUUCGGCACCUGGCGUCCAAACAUCCUCAUCGUACUCUCGAUAAUCGCAUUUGGCAUUGGAUUCGGCUGGCUGGGCGUCCAUACCGAAGACAAAUGGCACAUUGGCGUAGGACUCUACAUUGUCGGACUCAUUGCGUACCAGACCACCAUCACUUUCUGGACCGCUGCAUUCCCUGGCCUCGCGCGCAACACCAAAGAUCUGCGUAUCAAGGCCGAAGAGUUUGCAGAAGGAAAGAUUGACCGUGCAGAGUACGAGUUCGCCGAUAUGAUGAAGCGAAACGAGCUGUCCAACGUAGCAUUCUACACCCAAUCGGUCUUCGAGAUCCUUAUCCUCGCCGUCAUCGUGGGCAUAAUGUUUGCGCUCCACGUCAACGACAGCGCGGCAAACAACAACUGGGGUCUUUCCGUACUCAUCGCGUUUGCAACGGGUGUCUGGAUCCUCUGCGCGAUCCCCUGGUUCAUUCUCGAAAAGCGGCGUCCAGGCCAAGAUCCAGGGCGCAGCAACAUUAUCAUAGCAGGUUUCAAGCAGCUUAUUUAUGCCUCGCAGCAGAUCUGGCAAUUGCGACAGAGUCUCGCAUAUCUUGCAGGCUACUUCCUUCUCGGCGACAGCCUCAACACCACCGUCACAGUAAUUGGCACCUUGCAAAACGAAAUCGUCGCCUACAACAGCCUCCAGUUGACCUACCUGCUCAUUGUCGGCAUCGCUGCCCAGGCUGUCGGUAUCGGCGCAUUCUGGCAUAUACAAAAGUCGUACGGGCUUUCGACAAAGACAAUGUUCAUGGUCGUGGCUAUUUGCAUUGUCUUGCUGGAUGGCUGGGGCAUGAUCGGCAUAUGGACCCAACGCUUCGGUUUCCACAACAAAUGGGAGGUCUGGGUGUACCAGGCCUUCUACGGUCUUCUCGUGUGUCCGUGGUACAGCUACUCACAAACAAUGAUUUCUGAAGUCACACCACGCGGCAAGGAGUUUUUGUUCUUCAGCCUGUUCUCGAUUGUAGGCAAGACGAGCGCGUUCAUUGGGCCGCUGGUGAGUAGUGCGAUUAUUGAUGAUACGGGAAACAACAGUAGUCCGUUCUACUUCUUGUUCUCGUUGAGUCUGGCCAGCUGUGCGUUUCUGUACUUCUUCGUCGACGUGGAGAAGAGCAGGGUUGAGCAGGAAAUGUUUUUGGAAAAGGAGCGCAGUCUUAAGGUGCAUGAUGAGGGAUUGGAUGUGUUGAUGUAG